UAAUUUACAGUAUAUAUAAAAAUGGUGUACAAAUAUACUACUAAUAAUAAUAAUUUCAAUAAUAAAAACUUCAAAGACAUUGACACCAACACCGAUAUCAACGACACAACAACAAAACAUUUACCGAUAAAUAUGGCCAUCAAUAGUGGUGUACUAACUAUCAGAUCGGUUAUCUUAUUGUUGAAAUAUUUUCUAAUUGGUGCCAAUUUUAUCAUUAUAUUGGACGCCAUAUUUCUAUUGAUAUCCGAAAAAGAUAGCUAUCAGGGUGAAUUUAUUGAGGGCCGUCACCAGGUAUCCCGUUACCUGCUACUGAUGCUCUACGUUGACGUCCAGUCUAUUAUGAUGAUACUGAUAGCCAUAUUCGGUAUAAUCGGUGUACGCAAAGCCAGUCUACCCAUACUCGGCCUCUACGGCCUGGUGUUGGCCAUUGUGGCCAUACUAUCCGUUACCGAUUUGGAUGCAUUUGUUAUGGAAACAGUUAUACUGUUGUGUACGGCAUUGUAUGCCCUGAUUAUCAAACGUUUCGACACCUGUUCAUCUACUGUUCCUUACAAUCAAAUGGUGUCCACCAAUAAUAUUAAUAAUGGUGUUGACUGUAGUAUACAAAAAGUUUGAUUAGUUAGCAAUAUAUUGAAAUCAUACCUGUGCUAAACAUAUACGAUAUUUAAUUUUGAUAUAAUUAUAUAAUCA